GAGGAAUACUCUUUCCCCCGCCCAGCAUCCUUUGCCCCACGGCCGCCAUGUUUCUCGCACCCUUGAGUUUUGCCCUUCGGGUGCUGAAUGUCCGGACGGGCUCCGCCCUCUACUUCUGGUUUUUGGGGGUUGCCCUCCACUCAUUGCCCCUCUUGGGGCAGAAACCUGAGGACAAGUAUCCCAUAGUGCCAACCAAUUAUGGAAAACUCCGAGGGAUCAAGAAGGACCUGAACAACGAAAUCCUCGGCCCUGUCGUUCAAUACCUUGGGAUCCCAUACGCAACACCGCCCAUCGGGGAGAGACGUUUCCAGCCACCCGAGGCGCCUGCUUCCUGGUCUGAGGUGCGCAAUGCCACAGCUUUCGCUCCUGUCUGCCCGCAGAAUAUUCAUGGCAUGCUGCCUGGAAUUAUGCUGCCCGUUUGGUUCACCGACAACCUGGAAGUAGUAGCCGGCUACGUCCAGAACCAGAGCGAAGAUUGCCUCUACCUCAACAUUUACGUGCCCAUGGAGGACGGUCCGCUCACGAAAAAGCGUGAGGAGGCGUCAACUAACAAUCCCUCUCCAGAUGAAGAUAUUCGAGACAGUGGGAAGAAACCAGUGAUGCUCUUCAUCCAUGGUGGAUCCUACAUGGAAGGAACAGGGAAUAUGUUUGAUGGCAGUGUCUUGGCUGCAUAUGGCAACGUGAUUGUCGUCACCAUGAACUACCGACUCGGCGUGCUGGGCUUCAUGAGCACAGGGGACCAAUCUGCCAAGGGAAACUAUGGCCUUCUGGACCAGAUCCAGGCCUUACGAUGGCUGAAUGAGAACAUUGGCCAUUUUGGGGGUGACCCCGAGCGGAUCACCAUCUUUGGUUCGGGAGCCGGGGCCUCAUGUGUCAACCUUCUCAUCCUGUCCCACCACUCAGAAGGUCUGUUCCAGAAAGCCAUUGCUCAGAGUGGUACGGCCAUUUCCAGCUGGUCCGUAAAUUACCAGCCUCUUAAAUACACCCGCAUGCUGGCCUCCAAGGUCGGCUGUGAUCACAUGGACACGGGUGAUACAGCGGAGUGCCUGCGGCGCAAGCCCUACCGAGAGCUGGUCGACCAAGACAUUCAGCCGGCACGCUAUCAUAUUGCUUUUGGCCCUGUGGUGGAUGGGGAUGUGGUUCCGGAUGACCCAGAGAUUCUGAUGCAGCAGGGCGAGUUCCUCAACUACGACAUCCUCAUUGGUGUCAACCAGGGUGAGGGCUUGAAGUUUGUGGAGGACUCCAUGGAGAAUGAAGAUGGCAUCUCAGCCAGCUACUUUGACUUCACUAUUUCCAACUUUGUUGACAACCUUUACGGCUACCCAGAAGGCAAGGACAUCUUGCGGGAAACCAUCAAGUUCAUGUACACAGACUGGGCUGACCGGGACAAUGGCGAGAUGCGCCGCAAGACCCUCCUGGCACUUUUCACUGACCACCAGUGGGUAGCUCCUGCUGUGGCCACCGCCAAACUUCAUGCCGAAUAUCAGUCGCCCGUGUACUUUUACACUUUCUACCACCACUGCCAGACAGACACUCGGCCCGAGUGGGCUGAUGCAGCCCAUGGGGACGAGAUCCCCUACGUCUUCGGCGUGCCGAUGAUUGGUGCCACAGACCUCUUCCCUUGCAACUUUUCCAAGAAUGAUGUCAUGCUGAGUGCCGUGGUCAUGACCUACUGGACCAAUUUUGCCAAGACCGGGGAUCCGAACCAGCCUGUGCCCCAGGACACUAAAUUCAUCCACACAAAGCCAAACCGCUUUGAGGAAGUGGUGUGGACCAAGUUCAACACGAAGGACAAGCAGUACCUCCAUAUCGGCCUCAAACCCCGGGUGAGGGACAACUACCGAGCUAACAAGGUGGCAUUCUGGCUGGAACUGGUGCCCCACCUCCACAACCUCCACGAGCCCCCCCACACGUCGACCACCACCCGUAUCCCUCCGUAUGGCACCCGGUGGCCCAGCACACGAGUGGGUCCCAGCACCACUCGCCGACCCAUCCCCACGCUCCCUCCAGACGAAGACGACGGCGGCAGGUCUCAACACUAUGUCCCCUUCCCAGGGGACUCGCGGGACUACUCCACCGAACUCAGCGUCACCGUGGCCGUCGGGGCCUCCCUGCUCUUCCUCAACAUCCUGGCCUUUGCAGCCCUUUAUUACAAGCGGGACAAGCGGCACGAGCUGAGGAGCGGGCGGCGCCUCAGCCCUCAGCGGAACGCGGCCAACGACCUCGUCCACGGGGGCCAGGAGGAGGAGAUCAUGUCGCUGCAGAUCAAGCACUCCGAGCACGACGCCCAUGACCUGGAGCCGCUCCGGCCCCACGAGAUCCUCCGUCCCGCCUGCCCUCCUGACUACACCCUGGCCCUGCGCCGGGCGCCUGACGACGUUCCCCUGAUGACCCCCAAUACCAUCACCAUGAUCCCGAGCACCAUCACGGGAAUGCAGGCGUUGCACCCCUUCAACACCUUCCCCACCGGACACAACAACACCCUCCCCCACCCUCACUCCACCACCCGUGUAUAGUUGCCCUCCCCCCUUGUACCCUCAGCCACCUGGCAACGGUGGUCCCAAUCCACCCUGCUCCGAGAGGGAGGCAUCCUUCCCACCAUGUGGAUGGGUCUUUUAUAUAACAUUGUGACAACAGAAAGAUAGAUGGAGACCCCCCCCCCCUCCUGUGGCACAGACAGGCUGGCACUUCUUCAUCCAAUUUGGCUUGAUAUUGGAGCCUCCAUCGUCUUCUGUGGUGUGGUUGUGGUAUGACACGGCGUAGCAUGGCUGGCGCUGGCACUGGAGAGGCGGGCAGCAAGGAAGAGUAGUCCUUUCAAGGAGCUUGGCUGGGGCUUGGGAUCCGUUCGGGUGCGGAACUGGAGGCAGCAGCACCCCAUCAGGUGGGUGAUGAAAACCAGUAUUGCUCCAGAUGCAGUUUUGGUGCUCAGGGCACUGGAGAGGAAGCUGUGCCAUCUGUCAUCCACUUGGUUGAAUGGUGAAGGCAUCCCUACCCUUCCAAACCAUGGUGUGGGUUUAAGGGCACUGGAAAAAGCGAGAGGGACAGCGAACGAAUCCAGUAUCCCUUCGCUCCUCCACGCAUGGCUGACAAAGGAGCCAGUCCUCUUGCCAAAGCGGGUUGUGCUGCUCUGCACUGUUAGCCAAAGAGGGCCCAGUAGAUGUUGGAGCAGCUCAGUCUUCAUGGGGGAUCUGUUCAGAGCAACACAGACAGAUCUCUGGCCAUGGCGAAGAUGCCUGUAUUUGCUCCGUGCUCCAUUCCCAGUGCUGGAUUGCCCUGAAGAGCAGCCAGCGGGUCACCUUUUCUUCAGCUGUCUUCAGAGAGAGGCAGAGUGCUCCUCUUCUGUGCUUUCCUUUUGUCCCCAUGCGAGUCCAUGCCGAGGGACCAUGCCAGCAUUUAUCAUUGAGACAGAGGGCCAAAGCAGCGCUUCCCUUUGCAAGCUGGUGUCUGGGCUCAGCUGUGCCAGAAGAGAAAGCAAACGAGGCUCCCAACUGCAGUGGCCAGCGACUGGGAAGAGAAGCUGACCAUCCUUCCUUGCUUUCAUUCCUCGGCAGGGGCGGGGGGGGGGGGGUAAGGUGGCCACGAUCCCAGUGCCUUCCUAGCACAAUUUGAAGAGAGCAGGUAGCCUGCUCUUUCUCACCCCUCUGCAGAUGGACCCACCCACGCCACCCUCAUUAGAGGGCCUCCAAGAAGGCGGCAGUGCUUCGUCUGAAAGUCUUAAGGAGAUGAAGCCCUCCCCAGAAUCCCACAGGGGGCGGGGGGGGGGGGACUUAAGAGGCAGUAGGAAAUUGGGUGGGAAAGGGAGCGUCACCUGGAGUUAAAUUCGGAGGUUCCGGCGUGGUGGGGCAGCAUGUAUGUUCCGGCUUGUUUCCAAGGUGAACAUUUUGAAUGUAACAACUGGAAAUUCACUUUUAUCAGAGGGGAAGGGGGGGAAUAGUUCUUUUUUCCUUUUAAUUUUGAACAAAAAAUAAACAGUUAAUAGACUGCAAAAGUUGGGGAGGGAAAAGGGGAGCUGUUUUGUUUUGUUUUUAAUUACCGCUAUUGCAAAAGACGAACUGCAUGUUCCAGACUUUUUUUAAAAAGAAAAACGGAUUUGAACAAGGCAACGAAUGCGCGGCCUGCCUUUGGUCCCUCUCCCUCGCUCUCCCGCUCCUUCCUCCUCCUGGCUCAGCUUUCCUCCCGCUUUUCUGUUGGCUUGGGCCCCUCUUCUGGAGCGCUGAGCCUCCCUUAAGCCUCCCUUCAUCCCGUGCUUUGGCAGCUAAAGGACAAACCAGAUGGGUGCUGGGAGAAUUAAAUUUGGGAAAAUUUAAUUUGUGGCGGAGAAUUAAAUUUGGAAAAAAUCACUGGGAGCUGUGAACUCGCAACUCCCCUGUUGGGCCAAAGUCCCGAAGGGAAUCCUGUGUGGUGAGGAACGACGAUUCCAAAGACCUGCCAGUUUUGCAGAGCAGGCCACCUUCCCGCCCCCCCCCCCCUGCGCUCCACUGUCCCUCUCCCUGCCUGAUAGCAGAGAGGGGCUGUCCUGUUAGUGCCAGAGACCUGCCUGUCUCUUGGUAUCUCCACUUUGCAAAAGGCCAUCAGUUCACCGGUCCAGGAAAGACCUCUCUCUGCCUGAGAUCUGGGCGGGCCAGGCCAGGGCUCCUAGGGUCAGGUUCAGUAUAAGGCAGCGUCAUAUGGAUCUGGGAGAUAACUGGCAGAAAGUAGUCUUCUCACCCCACCCCACCCCGCCCCACUUCCUGGAUCAGCCAGCACGAUAAUCUGCAGUUUCCAUGUUGUUCUGACUCUACAGCUCCAGUCCGUGGCAGCCUGCCCUGCCCAGGCAAGGGGGGGGGCAUGCAAAGCCUCAAGAUCCCUUGAGGACCCAACGGGGUGCGCGGUUCGCCUUGUGACCGGCAGGCUGCCUCCUGAAGGGCUCCUCAGAGAUGGUGCUGUUGGGCCAGAGCUAGAUGGCCGGGAGGGCAUUCCGACUAACUGGUCAAGGUCCCAGCUUUGAUCGCUGGCGUCUCCCGCUCAACUAGAUCUCAUCAGUGUUGAGCAAGCUCCCUGCCAGUCAGAGAAGAGGCGGCUGAGCCAGAUGGACCGAAGUCUGGCCUGCGCUAGGGAGCUCUGUUCCAAGGCGAGCAGGGCAGGUUCCUCUUGCAUUCAAACGCGUGACCGCAAUGCAACCCUCUCUCCAGCCAUUAUUCUGUUUAUCAGGGAGGGGCUUUCUUGCUGAUUCCCUUGUUUCUUCCCCGUUUUGUAAAAUUCCCAUUCCUUGGGAGCUGGUCCUAAAGAUGCUUGUGCCUCUUCACAGCCAAUUUUAACCAGCGCAAACCAAGCUGAAAGCUUGUGGCCCCCCUCCUCCAAAGAGCUGUUCUGUUCAGAGGGUUCUUGAUCUGCCAGGUGUCAGCCUUGCCACGUAACUGGCUUCCUCAGAGUCCAGUGGGCUUGAAUUUGUGGCAGGGACUUUGUGCUUCAGUCCCAUCCUAGACGACCCCCCCACCUUCUCCCCUCCUUCCGUUGCCAACCACUUCCUUGCCUUUCUGAUGCAGGUGGAAGCUGAUGACCCUUCCCGGGUUGAUAGCAGAUUUCUCUCGCCAGGAGCAAGAGAGCCAAGUUGGUAGGUUAAAAUCUGAAAGUGGUCAGGGUGGGGGAGGAAUGAGAGCACGGGUCCCUUGGGAGUGCCGUGGAAUGAAUGUGUAGGAACCCUGAGCACAGAGUAGACCUGGAGUUGUCGGGUCAGAGUCUGUGCACGGCUGUCCCCGUCUCUGUCUGCUUAUCAACCCCCCCCCCCCCCGUCUCUCCUUCCGGUAGUCUCUCUGCUUAGUAGAUAGUUGCAGGUGGGUAGCCAUGUUGGUCUGCAGUAGGUGAGCAGACUUCGAGUCCAGUAGCACCUUAGAGAUCAACAAGAAUUUCCAGGGUAGAAGCUUUUGAGAGUCAAGCUCCAUCAGUUUCAUGAAGGUGCACCUGGACUCGAACCUCCCUCAUUUAGGGGAUGUCCGUCUCCUGGCCAGCAGGCCAAACUCUCCAACUGUGCCCUGGCUUUUUUGCACGUGUCCUCUGCUCCGCCCGCUCUUCAGGAGCCAAUUCUCUUGGCUCCUGGCUUGCUUUGUUGCUUGGAUUGCCUAAAUUGGGGGGUGGGGCUGGUAGGCAAAUGCUGCUUUGGAGGCAAGAGGGUGGGCUGGAUGGCGCCUUUCACCCGUCUGAGAGUUGUUCUUUCAUCCCAUAAAGCAUCGGCACUUCCUCUUCUGCUGUUCCCUAUUCCCACCUACCCACUCAUUUCUAUUAUGCAUUUUUGAUCUCCCCCCCCCCCCCCAGCCUUAGGCAUUAUUUGGUUCCAGUGAGCUCUUUUAGUGAGAUCCGAACAUGUUCCACUAGCUGAAUCCAGUAAGACAAAAGGAAAGUGAUCCUUUCUAUUUUUAAAAAGCACAUCAUUCUCGGAUGUUCGUUCUCUCUCCGUUUUUGUGCCUCGGCUGUUUGUUCUGGAAGAUUUUGUUUCUUCGUUUUGUUUUUGGAAAACCCGGGUGCAGGAGAGGGCAGCGGAGCAAACAAAGGUCGGGCGGGGAGGGGAGAGUCUUGUUCUAAGCCAUUCUGAGACUCCAUCUAACUUUGUGAUGUUUCCAGUUGGUUUCCUUUUUUUAAAAAAAGAAAAGAAUUUAUUAUAAAUAUAUAUAUAUAUCUGUUUUUUUUAAAAAGGAAAACAAUUAUUUUGUAAAAAAAAAAAAAAAGCAGAACCUGUGCCAAACUCAGCAAACUUGGAUGGGGGAACAUGUUCUUUUUGGGGAGGGGGGGUUCCUUUAUUUUGCUACUUGAGUUUACAGGGGCUCCUGUGACUCUGCCUGUGCCAAGGAGUGGAACUCGGUUCCGACAUCGGUUGCGCCUCCAGCGGAGAGAUGUCAGCGCCUUACACUGUUGCCAAAUGCUCCCAUCCCAUGGUUGCUCUCACUCCUACGCACCUGAACGCAUCAACUGCACUAUCUCAGUUCCGUUGCUGGCGGAGAAAAGCACAGGCCAUUUCGUUUGGGCAGCCACAAUGGCAGCCCCUACGUGCUCCAAACCAAGAUGGCUGCCUGCAGGAACACGUUCUUGCGGACAGCAUCUAAUAUGGCCGUCAGAGAACUCUGAAUUCUGACUGUGGAGUUCUUCUGAAAUCAGAUGCCUGCCUGAGGACCCUUUUGUUUUAUACAAUCCAGUCCUUCAGAUGCGUCUUCUUUUAAAUCUCGACCACCAGAUGGGAUCACUUUCAGCCUUUUUUCAGGCUUUCUUGAUCCACCAUCCAAGAGGACCGCCUGGGAAAUGCGCCUGUUUUUUAAAAUCCAAGAUGGACUCUUCCAGCUAUUUCCCAGCUUGCAAGCAAAUACCUUGUGGGAUUUGUUUUAUUUUUCCUUCUGUCAUUUCAACAUGGCCACUGCCGGGAUUAUUCCUGGACCUCUAACCCCCAAUGGCUGUUCUUGAGGGAGUCCCUUAAUUGCCAUACACUCAAGAGAGCCACCGUCAGUGAUGGAGAAGAGGCCUUCUGUCUGCGACCUCAAAUGGCUGCCAAGAACAUCCCCUCAGGUAGCACAAACAGGAUGGUUGAGGCCUGUCCCCUUAUUCCCCCUUGCAAACUGGAGAGUUAUCUAUUUUUAUGAGAUUUGGAUUUGGACCGGGAGGGGCUGAUUUUGAACGCCUCCCCUUGCACUCCCUGGCCACGAAGGACUCCUCUUCUACCGCUGAUCAGAGGCCUCCAAACUGACAGCCCCUCUUCCCCCUGCCCCCCAGGAAGGAGGACUCUUCAGAUUACGGAAGAAUACGUGGGGGGAGCAGGACUUCUUGUGUUUGAUGGAUUACCACAUCUGGUUCGGGAUGGUCGCGUCCUAUAAAGAAGAGGAACUUGGCAGGGGGGGAGCUGGGAUCUGAGCUGAGAUGCUGUACACAUUUUUAAACCUUGCAAGAAAUGGAAAAUGAUAUUGUAAAUAUAAAAAAAAAGAUUUAACUGUU